AUGCUGAACCUGCCGCUGCCCUGGAAACGCGGCGCCGACGACGGUGAUGAAGAGCCGCCACCAUCCGGUGGCCCGCGACCGGUACGCCGGCGCGGAGGUCGUAACCGCCGCGUCGGUGUACGCUCCGGCGAUACGGUCGCAAUCGCCAGAACCCGUCGGAUACUCGAAAGCCGACGACAGCGGAUUGCGAUUGUAGUUGGAGCCGUGCUCCUGCUGGCGAUUGCGGGAGUCGUCGCGGCUGGAAUUUACCAGGAAUAUAUUCGUCCGCCUCGUGUGAUGGCGGGCGACAUACGCGGCGUACGUUUCACGAUGGGCGACUUGGUGGAGCGCAUCCGUGUUCUGCAGGGCAUCAACCGUUAUCAGGGUGGCCAGGUGGACCUUAGCCGUGACCCGUUUGAUCAGUUAACGAAACUGCUCCACGCCGAGAUCCUGCGGCAGGCGGCGCCCGGGUUGCAAAUCAAUGUUACCGACGAUGAUAUCGAGCAAACCAUCCGAUCGAUUUUCAGGCCGCAAGCAGAGACCGGACAGGAAGUUAAUGACGAACAACUGGACGCCGAGUACGAGAACAACUACGUGGGGUUCCUGGACCAGGUUAACCUUUCCGAUUCGGCAUACCGUCGCAUUGUCGAAGAACAAUUGCAGGAAAGCAGGUUGUUUCAGGUGAUGUUGGCAAGCCUUCCCGAAGAAGCGCCGCAUGUGGAAGCCCAGGCGAUCGUGCUGGGCGCAAAUUCUCCCGCGGACCCGGUCGCGGUGCGCGAGCGACUGCAGCUGGGGGAAGAUUUCGCCUCAGUAUCUCGAGAGAUCAGCGGUUCGGACGGCUACAUUGGGUGGGUGCCCGAAGGCGCUAUCACCGAAUUCAAUCGCCAUCUAUUUGGCGAAGACGGAGAACCGCCUCUGCUGGGACCGGGUGACGUAUCGAGUUCCAUCUUUAUGCAAGACAACAUCGUGCUGCUGCAAGCCAUCGGAGAGCCGGAAACCCGGGAAAUCGAACCGGCGAUGCAGUUUCAGUUGGCGGCAGCCGGCGUAGAGAGAUGGAAGGAUGAUCAAUUGUCCCAGGGAGCCGAUGAUGGAUGGGUAAAAAUGAACUUUAGAAGCAGUCUCUACGAAUGGGUUACUCAGCAGGUUCGCCUCACCCGACCGCGUGUAACCCCGGUUCCGCAACAAUAG